GGCUGAGCAGUGCCGAGCGGAGACGUAUCUGCCCGUCACUUCAGUUCCUUCCCACAGGCCCAGAAGCGGUUCCAGAGCUGAGCCCGGUGCCAGUGACGUUGGUUCUGGCAACAGAUAUGACGACUGAUAGGGGACUGAAAUAUACAGCAUGGCAGAAGGUCAAAAGAGAAGUCCUGGAUGACUGUAGAAAGGAAGGGGAAUGGAAGAUCCUUCUUCUAGACCAGUUUACAACCAAGCUGCUUACAACAUGUUGCAAAAUGACGGAUUUACUCCAGGAGGGGAUUACAGUUGUCGAAGACAUCUAUAAGGAAAGACAACCGGUGGGAGACUUAAAAGCUAUAUACUUCAUAUCACCAAGUGAAAAGUCUGUAGACUGUGUUGUGAAGGACUUCAAAUCCAAAUCUUCGUGCAAGUAUAAAGCUGCCUACAUCUACUUCAGCGAUGCUUGUCCAGACAGCCUGUUCGAGAAGCUAAAAGCUUGCCAGCCCAAAACAAUAAAAAGAUGCAAGGAGAUUAAUAUUUCCUUUUUCCCUAAAGAGUCUCAGGUGUUUCUGUUGAAUGUCCCUGAAGCUUUUCACCUGCUGUAUAGUCCAGAUAAGUCAGUAGAUAAAGUAUCUGCCAUGAAGUCCAUUGCCCAGCAGAUAGUAACGCUCUGUGCGACUCUAGACGAGAACCCUGGUGUCCGCUACAAGAGAGACCCCCUGGAUAAUGCUGAAGAUUUGGCCAACUUGGUGGAAGAAAAACUUGUCCAGUACUACCAGACAGAUGAACGGAACCAGUGUAAGGAGAAAUCUCAGUCCCAGUUACUUAUACUUGACCGGGGAUUUGAUCCGGUGUCUACAGUGCUGCAUGAACUGACUUUCCAAGCCAUGAUAUAUGAUGUUCUGCCUAUUGAGGAUGAUGUUUACAAGUAUAGACCAGAUGGUGCCACAUCUAAGGACAAGGACGGUCGCUUAGAUGAGUCAGAUGAGCUAUGGGUGAAAAUCCGUCACAGACACAUUGCUGAUGUCUUAGAAGAAAUUCCUAAACUCGUUAAAGAAAUCUCUUCCACUAAAAAAGAAACAGAAGGAAAGCUAAGUAUCUCCAACUUAUCUAACUUGAUGAAAAAAAUGCCUCAUAUCCGAAAACAAAUGAGCAAGCAAGCUUUACAUCUUAGUCUUGCUGAGGAUUGUAUGAGGAAGUUCAAAGGGAACCUGGAGAAGCUUUGCAAAGUUGAACAAGAUCUUGCAAUGGGCACCAAUGCAGAGGGGCAGAAGGUGACGGAAUACAUGCGUGUCCUGCUCCCAGUAUUGCUCAGUAAAGACGUGGGGAAUUACGAUAAAAUCAGAGCGAUACUUCUCUACAUCUUUAUGGAAAAUGGAACAACUCAGGAGAGCUUAGACCGACUGAUUCAACACGUCAAGAUUGACAGUGAUGGGGAUGUACUGAAGAACUGGAAAUACCUUGGUGUUCCUAUAGUCCCCAAGUCUUCACAACGUAAACCACACAGAAGAGACCGAUCAAGGGAAGAAACCUUUCAGCUGUCUAGAUGGACGCCGGUGAUAAAAGAUAUAAUAGAGGACAAUAUAGAAAAUAAACUGGACUCCCGGGAGUGGCCGUACUGCUCCGAGUGUCCUGCUUCGUGGAACGGUUCUGGGGCUGUCAGUGCCCGACAGAAGCACAAUACCCUAAACCGGGAGGAUCGGAAAACAGUUUCCAAGCUCGUUAUUUUUGUAAUCGGUGGGAUCACUUACUCUGAAAUACGUUGUGCUUAUGAAGUGUCACGAGCCAACAAGUUUGUCCAGGUUAUUAUUGGUUCCACACAUAUUAUAACUCCGGAGAAAAUGCUGGAUGAUGUAAAAAAUCUCACAAAACCUCAUGUCCCAAAAGAAGUUUUUACCAUAAUGGCAUAAACUGUAAUGUAUCUGCUCUUUUCAGACCAUUUCUUACAGGGUAACCUGUCUGCACAUUGAGUUACACGUGUGUAGAUGCCUGGCUUUCCGCCAGCUAUCUGGCGUCAUCAUUUAACAAUUGCAUCUACAAAACUGGAAGUUCUGACAGAGAGGAUCACCCAAAUGCCUUUUCCAUAUGAAAUAACCACCAUGGCACUGAAUUAUAUUCUUGUACAGUUUAAUGUUUUACAGCAUAAAAGGGUAUUCCAGGACUUUUAUAUUGAUGGCCUAUGCUUAGGAGAGGCAAUAAAUAUCUAAGCUGCGUCUGAGUAGUAGACGGAACUGGUAACUGCAGCGUUUCUCCCGUUGAAGUGAAUGGGAGCGGUGCUGCAGUAACCAGUUCCGUCCACUACACAGUGAAUGGAGGUGAGUAGUACCGGAGCUACUGAAAAACUGCUGAUCAGUGGGCGUGCCGGGUGUGGAACCCCCACCGAUCAGAUAUUGAUGCCCUUCCGAAGCAUAGGCCGUCAGUAUAAAAGUCCUGGAAAACCCCUUAAGGUUUUAUUGCUUUGAGAUUUGCCUAUAAUAUAUACUGUGUAUGUGUGUAUAUCUUUUUUGAGAAUUAUGGAUAUACUGUUUAAUUCCAUGUUUUCCAUGACUGACCCAUAAACAUUGUAAAGAUGA